UGCCCCGCGCGCGGCCUUCGCCCGCCCCUCCCGAGCCGGGCGGGAGGGAGGGAGGGAGUGCCACGUCCCUGGUGCGUGGGGCUUUGUGCGGGGAGCAGCGCCGCCGCCGCCCGCCCCCAGCCAUGGGCGCCUCUCAGAGCGUCGAGAUCCCCGGCGGGGGCACCGAGGGCUACCACGUCCUGCGGGUACAAGAAAACUCACCAGGGCAUAGAGCUGGAUUGGAGCCAUUCUUUGAUUUUAUCGUGUCCAUUAAUGGUUCAAGAUUGAAUAAAGACAAUGAUACUCUCAAGGACCUGUUGAAAGCAAACGUUGAAAAACCUGUAAAAAUGCUAGUGUACAGUAGCAAAACACUGGAACUGAGGGAAACGUCAGUGACCCCCAGCAACAUGUGGGGUGGGCAGGGCCUGCUGGGCGUGAGCAUUCGUUUCUGCAGCUUUGAUGGGGCCAAUGAAAAUGUAUGGCAUGUUUUGGAAGUGGAACCAAAUUCUCCUGCUGCAUUAGCUGGACUUAGACCUCAUAGUGACUAUAUCAUUGGAGCAGAUACUGUCAUGAAUGAGUCUGAAGAUCUCUUUUCCCUUAUUGAAACACAUGAAGCAAAGCCAUUAAAACUUUAUGUGUACAACACAGACACAGAUAAUUGUCGGGAAGUGGUGAUUACUCCAAAUUCUGCCUGGGGUGGAGAAGGCAGCCUAGGAUGUGGCAUUGGUUAUGGAUAUUUGCAUAGGAUACCUACACGCCCAUUUGAAGAGGGAAAGAAAAUUUCUCUCCCAGGACAGCUGCCUAGUGCAUCUCUCAGUCCCCUCAAGGAUGGCUUCACAGAGGUUCAGCUGUCAUCAGUUAAUCCCCCAGCCACAUUACCCCCUGGAUCAGCAGGCCUUGAACAGAGUCUUUCAGGACUUUCUAUUAGUUCUCCCUCAACUACUGUCAGUAACGUUCUCAGUACAGGUGUUCCAACAGUUCCAUUAUUACCACCACAAGUAAGUCAGUCCCUUACCUCUGUGCCACCAGUUAACCCAGCAACUACAUUACCAGGUCUGAUGCCAUUACCAGCAGGGCUUCCCAACCUGACUGAUCUGUCCAAACUUAAUUUACCUGCACCACACAUUGUUCCAGAAAUCAUGCAGCCUGGUUUGCCAUCCCUUCCCUCCUUGCCACCUCUGAAUCUAAUGGGAAUAACACCUCUAUCAAUGCCACCCAAAUGUGUUCCUCUGCUUCCUUUGGUCACAGAGGCAUCUACAGUGCCUACAGAUUUGCUUCCCUCCAUUACUCAAGCAGGAAGCUUUUCCGUCAACCCUGGCACUACUGUAAAUGUAGAACAGACCUCUACGCUCACCUUGGAUAGUGCUACCCCAACUUCUAAGGCAACUAUUGUUGACAGAUCAAGUGAAUCCUCUGCAGUUAAUGAGAAAACAUCUGGAGUCACAGAUACACAAGCUUCUGAAUCGUAACUCCAGAUCACUCUGGAUUGGCUUGGUAUUUAUUUAGCCAUGGGAUACAUAUUUGAAGAGCAAGCUAUCAUUAAUUUCAUACUAGUUUGUACUUAAUCUUUAGGAGUCCUGUAAAUAAUAUGGAGGUAUAAUAAAAAUAAAAAGGGGUUUAUAAAGUGUGUAUGGUGGGAGGGGAGAAGGAGUACUUGUAUGUAACCAAAAAAAAAAAAAAAAAGUCGAGGCGGUAAAUAGAAUUCCACUGCCAAACUCAGAGAUACAUGUUUUUGAUAUAGGCUGACAGCCUUAGCCUGCUAGGCCCGUCCUUGCUUAUAAUUAGCAAUUUUUGCUUCUGAUAGAAAUGAAGCGGUUCUUGCGUGUGACAUUUACGUACCAUAGUUCUUGUUCUUUGCAAGUAUCUUGUUACUACAGUGGGGAUGAGAAUGUUUAGUCUGAGUUGUAAAUUUUAACACUGCAAAACUUCCACCUAAAGAUAUUUCUAUUAAAGUUGCUGAGUGACCUGUUAACUGACAUCUCGUUAUUCAGCUUGUACACAAAUCUUUAUUUUUAAGCUCUCGAGAGAUGCUCAAGCCAUGUUUUGUAACUGCUGCUGCGUUGUUUCAUACGCCCACUGUAAAAUGGCAUUUGGAAGGGAGUACAGGAAAUGUUAAAUGUAGCACACAAUUUGGCACUUCAUGACUACUGUAAGACAAAUUAAUGGAUUAAGCAUACAUACAGCAAUAAAUUCCUGGAAUUUUA